GGGCACGGGCGGCGGAGGCGAUCGGAACCGCUGGCCCAGCAUGUGGUGUGCCGGCCCAGCUGCCGUGGUCGCUCUUUGCGCCGGGCUUUGGGCCUCUAAGCCGGUGCCGGCGCAGGGUCAGGAGGCCGGGGGGCGGCCGCGGGCCGAUUGUGAAGUAUGCAAAGAAUUCUUGAACCGAUUCUACAACUCCCUGAUAGACAGAGGAGUCGACUUUUCACUGGAUACCAUAGAGAAAGAGUUGAUCAACUUUUGCUUGGAUGUCAAAGGAAAAGAAAACCGCCUGUGCUAUUACCUUGGGGCCACAAAAGAUGCAGCCACAAAGAUCCUGAGUGAAGUCACCCGCCCCAUGAGUGUGCAUAUGCCUGCCAUGAAGAUUUGUGAGAAGCUGAAGAAGAUGGACAGUCAGAUUUGUGAGCUAAAAUACGAAAAGAAACUGGACUUGGCAUCAGUUGACCUGUGGAAGAUGAGAGUGGCAGAACUGAAACAGAUCCUGCAAAGCUGGGGAGAAGAGUGCAGGGCCUGUGCAGAAAAAACCGACUAUGUGAAUCUGAUCAAAGAACUGGCCCCCAAGUAUGCAGCGAUUUACCCCAGAACGGAACUCUGACCUUGAUCGCCAGUACAUCAUGGCUUGUAGUUAGAGAAAAAGAUGACUCAUUAAGAUAUGGACGUGUUGAUUAAGGAUAACUGGGAAUGCAU